AUGUCGACAACACACACAGUGAGCCUGCUACAAUGGCAGCAAACGUACGAUCUCUUCACUGAGCAUGUCGACAACACACAUAGUGAGCCUGCUACCAAAUGGCAUUCAACACAUUCGAUUCUUAUCACCUACCUCCCUACCACACCUACGAAUCGACAAGUACUUGAGUUACGGGAGUCGUCUACAUCAGUCAGGUCGUUGGCUGCUGAGUACUCGCUAUGGCAGCUUAGGACGGGUACAUGGGACUGGCGGCUUAGGACGGGUAGGCCUACGGGGUACUGGCAGUCGAGGCGGUGGACGACUACCAAGCAAGAUAGCUAUGAGUCGAGACAAAGGAUGGAAUGGAUGUACUUGAUGGCAAGAGCAUGGGAGACACAGGGCAAAUCUACAGUGAUGCUCCCAGGCCAGGCUGCCAAAAGGUGUUGGAAGGUGAAUGCAUGCGUUGGAUUUUCUUCAAUUCUACCGAAGGACUACGGCAAGAGAUUGGAGAGAAACUCGGAGAAUCUUGCUGGCACGCAGGCAAGAUAUGGCCAACAUCUCCAGGAUCUCUGA